AUGUGUUUUGGGUGGUCUAGCUUAGUCAUCUGGAGACACACACAGUUUGCUGUGCAACAGUCGGGCUUCUGUGGCUCCUCAGGCCCGGGGGCGCCCCUCGAACCCUCCACUCGCUCCAAGCACCUUCCCUGGGAAGCUGCAUCUGCCGGGUUCGCAGACAGGAACGGAAACAUGGACGGAGCCACGUGGCUGAGCCUCUGUCCUGAUAACGAAGCUCCGCUUUGGAGGAAAAAGCACAAAUCGCUACAAGCCCGGGGCACAGGCGACCUCGCUCUGCAGAGAAGAGCGGAUGCCAAGCUGUGGAAAAGCUACCAGCUCCAGCGCUUGGCUGAGGAGUUGGGGAGAGGGUGUCGGGAGGCGCGGUACCUGCACGUCGGAGGCCUGGACCGACUGCAGUCAGCGCGUCUGUUAGGCUGGGGAGGAGGACGGGCCAGGGAAAAUGAGCCCGCCUCAGAGGGGCCCGUCCAGCGGAGAUCAGCCAGGCCCCCAAGGGCCAAGGAGAAGCACAGAGCGGCCCCUAGUGAAGAGAGGAGUUGCAGGGAAGAGUUGGGCCAGCAACACCCCAGGCACUCCAGGCCCCGGAAGACAGCAGCGAGCCCAGAGAAACCACAGACUACAAAAGCCAUGGGUCAGACGAAUUCUCACCUGGCCCUGCCUGAGAAGAGAAAGGGAAGGCGAGAACCUUCGACCAAGUCCGGGGGUGGCCGCGGUGCCAUCCACCCUCGGAGGAGCAGGGGGCCGGACCUAAAAAGGCCAGACCCACUCGUGGCUGCUGUGGGAGAAAUCAGGCGUGUGGAGGGAAAAGAGAAAGGAACAGCUCGGGCGGGGAGGAGGCCACUGGGACAGGGGGCAGUUUGCUUUGUUCCAGCCCUGACCAGUCGCUCUCGGGGACAGAGUCCAGAGGGGAAGCUGAGAGACCUCGGGCAGCUGUGGCCAGCUGGUGCCAGCCACAGAAGGGAAGCUGUGUCCCCAGCAUCUCAGUGCACGCUCCGGGAGAAGAACAAGUGGCAGAAAGAGCUGGAGUUGGCCUUUGAAGAGUUGUUUAACAUAAACAGAAAGCUGAAAAAACACCUGCGCUUGUACCUGGCACUGAAGCCCAGGAUGGACCAGAGCCCCGGGGAAGAGCAUGCCUUCUCAGAGAUGCAAGAAUGUGGCGCUGAGACCCCAAGAGGGAAGAAAACAGCAGACGCAGAGAUGCUGCCCGCUGGGGAACCCAGGAGCCUAGCAGAGGAGGUGGAGCAGCAGGCAGCGUCCAAGACCAACUUGAAAACGUUAAUGGGCAAGGUCAAGCCCACGUUUAGAAAUGGAAGUCAAACAUUGUCUCCUGAGGCAGGUAUAUUUAUCAGUGAAGGGGACUCAUUAUCGUAUAGCACUGAAUCUGGACAAGAGACCCCCAAACUGGGCACGCUGGCAGAGGGCUCCCUUCAGCUCCACCUUCAAGACCAGACAGACAGAGCGGGUUCAACGGCAUCCAGGCAAAGGCAGAAAGCAGAGAUGGAGCAGAGAAGACAAAAACAACUGGAAUCGCUUGAACGAACGGAACACCCAGAUAUGAGCUUGGAAAUCCACUACAAGGCUGAGUUAGAAAAAGAGAGGAGGGAGCAAAGAAGGGCUCGACUGGCGCAUCUGAAGUCCUCCUCCACAAGAGCCCGGGAAAGGGAGAGAGGAUCUGAGCUCAGCACCAAUUCCCCAUCGGGCACCAGCCUCGCCGACGACGACUGGCACAGUCAGAUGAUCCGAGACCAGCAGCAGCAGAUUUUAGAGCAAAACAAGUUGCACAAGCAGUUUCUUGAAGAAGCCAGGAAACGCUUGCAAGAGUUCCAGAACAUAUGCUAAACGCGAGAGGCCCACCCGGGUGAUCAGGGCCAAAGCAGUCAGCGAGAAGGAGGUGGACUCUGGAAACGACAUUUACGGCAACCCCAUCAAGAGGAUCCAGUAUGAGAU